AUGAGUCUCCCUAAAUUUGAAGAUUAUACAAAUGAGACAACAAAUAUUGAAGUUUUCCCAACAAUGUUAGAGUAUACAUUUGCUUGGCAAGAAAAAAAAUUCAGUUCAUGGGAGAUGAAAUGGUACUCUGAUCUUGAUAAUUGUACUACAGACACCCAAUUGAACUAUUAUAAUAUGUUGAACAUGUCAGAAUAUGAACCUUCAAAAGUAUUCUCUUAUAUUCAUGAAGACUGUUACCUCCCAUUACCUUUAGAUAAUGUGCCUAAGCAGUGUGAUAUUAUGAACCUAACUACUUGCUUCUCAAAGUUGAAUUUAAAUAAAAUUGAUAAAAUGUUAAAUACUGAUACUAGUUCUACAGGCGAACUAUUUAGAAGUCAAGAAAAUAUUGAUUCAGUUGCUGAGAAAUGGAUGGCUAUGCAUAUAGUAUUUGAUAAUUCUGAAUAUGAUGAGGAUUCAAAUUUAAUAUUUAAACAGGAAGCGUUACUUGUAUCUCUCUUCUACAAUGUCAUUGAUAAAUAUCUUAUCAUCUCACCUGAUAGUAAUAAUUUGGAAAUGAAUGCAUAUACUGUAGAAACAAGGAGUGGCAUACCUUUGGAACAUGAAUAUGCCAUAGAUAUACAGUUUCAAGAUGAUGAAGGAUGCUCUGAUGAGUUGCUGACUUUUUUAAAAAAAUUGCAGAAGAAAUGGGAGACAAAGCACAAGCAUCUCUUGAAUUUCUCAAGGCCACCCUUGGGGAAGAAAUUACACUAUGUGUCAUUU